AUGACAAAAAAGAACGAGCAGAAUAAUACCCAACCAGGUGGGGGUGGGAGUAGUUUAACUCCAAUACCAACCACUACCACAACUACUACUACAACAUCAAGUGGAAUCGUUAUUGUUCAACAGCAACCAGUUACUGAACAACAGCAACAACAACAACACUUUGUAUUGCAUACAUCAAAUAAUGCAGCACCAAUGAUUAUUACAACACCAUUGGCUGUCCCUUCUAUGAUUACUCAACAAUUACCUACAACGACGAAUGCCCAACAACCAACGGUAACAGCUGUAACUAAUACUUCAACUGCACUUGUUGCACCUUCAUCUGCUACAACUACUAUUCCUAAUACAUCAAUUCAAAAUAAGACAACAAAAUCUCCAGGACAAGAUCGACUAGUUUGUAGUUUAUGCAAUAAAGUCUAUCGAUCAUCAGCCGGUCUACGAUAUCAUAAAAGAAAGCGACAUCGAGAUGAAGGUAUGCUUAAACCGACUCAAUUACAUCGUGUACGAUGUCUAGAAAAUGGAUGUGCCUAUCAAAUGUUGGCGAUAUCUGAUCUAAGAAAUCAUUUAGCAAAUCAUCAUUUAAAACCAGAAUAUAAAACUACUGAAGAGAAAAAAUUUAACUCAUUUACAGAAUUUACUGAAUGGAAAAGUACAUUUGAACAGAGUAGUGGUUCAAAAUAUGUGAAAAAUUGUGGUUCUAAAGGCAAAUCCGAGAAUCAAACAACUGAAUAUUAUUAUUGCAAUCGAACAGGACCAUAUAAACAAACUCGACAAGGAUGGCGUCGUAAUUCAAAAGCUCUUGAUUCACUUCGUUGCGGUAUUCAUUGUACAUCAUCUAUGAAAGUUGAUAUCAGUCGUAAUGAUCAAAUAUCCGUACAGUAUUAUCCAGCACAUUAUGGUCAUACUGCUGAACCACCGUUACAAGCUCCACCAUCAUCUAAUUCCGUCAAUACAGUUUUACCAACUACAAAUGGUGAAUUAGUUGAACAACCAUCUGUCCAACAACAAACAAUUCCGCCCAUUCAAACAGUUGUGCAAGCGGCUGUUCAACAGCAAACACAAACAACAACCACUGAUCAUUGUGUUAGACUUCAACAUCAACAUCAUGCGCAAACAUCGAGUAUUAUUAUCAAUAUUGCGCCUGUGAAUACAACAAUCAUCAAAUGCGUGUGA